AUGCCUGCACAAGCCGACAAAUCGAGGCAAGCAUCAACGGGAAAGUCGUUCUUCGGACGCAAGCUACACAAAGACAAAUCGGGGGAGGAUCGAUACGAUAACUAUGGAGGGUCCUACGACAGCCUGGCCCCGCCAGGUAGUUCAGCCGGGUCCCGUUCAUCUCGCUAUUCAAAACGAUCGUCGAUUCAAUCUGUUGACAUGACCCACGACCUGGACCCCGGCAGUUUCGCGCCAACUGCGGGCGUGAUCACUUCCAUACCAUUCGACAGCCUCUCCGCUGAGAGAACCCCGAUCUCAAUCGACAACAUGCCUCGCCCGGACUCCUCGCGCCAGGAACACUCCCCUAACCAUCUGGGCAAGGCAGGGGCCGAUUACCACCAGUACCCCACAUGGGCAUCUACUUCAGCACCGAAUGGUUCAGGGCACCCAACAGGACCUCGUCCGCCCCCGCAUGGCAACACCACUAUGACAAGCAGUACGUCGGGGGACCGAGGGGCCAGGUAUCAGCAAUGGGGACGUCCAGGUAGCUCUGCCGCGAGUGGGCCCCAUCACCCCUCUUCGAUCGAUUCGUCUGCCAACUCCCGCACCUCCCUCGACCAAACCAGCAUAUACUCAUCCGUCUCUUCCAACCCCCGCGGAUCAAACUACUUCUCCGACAAUUCCUCCCAUGGCUCUGCCCGCACCCUCACAUCACAUUCCGGAGAACGUAAUAUGAUUCCAAGCUCCAGUUCCGGCCGCCUUUCCAACGCAGGAUCGACUCAUCAAAUCUCAUCGCCUAUUCCCGCAGCCGUGCCUCGGCCACAAGAUAAUUAUCUCACUCGUCCCAGAGAUGACCGGAUCGUGGAUCAGCUGUUUCUGGAGCUGAUGCAGAAGAGAGGCUGGCAAAACCUUCCGGAACAAGCGAAACGUCAAAUGCUGUCUUACCCCGCCUCAAAGAAAUGGACGCUGGUACACCAGGAUCGCCUUACAGAACUGCAGGGAGAGCAAAAGAGACGACAGAAUGCGCGCCAAACACACGGCCAUGAUGGAAUGUCUGGGCUGCUUGAGCGUGCUGACGAGGAGGGCAGCCCGGAGUGGUAUGUCAAGAAGGUGAUGGACGACACCAUCACCUCGAAACAGCUUGCCAGUCUGAGCGUCAGUCUAAGGACACAGCCUAUUAGCUGGGUGAAAGCCUUUGUCGAAGCUCAGGGACAAGUCGCUUUGACCAAUGUUCUUAUGAAGAUCAACCGCAGGAAGGUCUCUGGCCCGGUCCCAGCUCCUCCAACUGGCGAUAAGGAUCUAGACCGCGAAUACGAUAUCGCCAAAUGUCUGAAAGGUCUCAUGAACAACAAGUACGGUGCCGACGAUGCCUUGGAGCAUCAGAAUGUGCUCGUGGCGCUCGUCAGCUCGCUUUCCUCACCUCGUCUCAAUACACGUAAACUCGUCAGCGAAGUCCUCACCUUCCUAUGUCACUGGGGAGAGGGACAGGGACACCAGAAGGUCCUGCAGUCUAUGGAUAAGGUCAAGAACGACCACAGCGAGACCGGUCGAUUCGAUGCAUGGAUGCGAAUUGUUGAAGUCACGAUUGAUGGCCGUGGCAAAAUGGGCAGUCUGGUCGGUGCCAGUGAGGAGUACCGCAGCGGCGGUAUUGGCAUGGAGAACCUGCUUAUGGAAUACGCCGUUUCGACCAUGAUCCUGAUCAAUAUGCUGGUGGAUGGCGCCGAAACGGACCUGCAGCUACGAUGCCACAUCCGCGCCCAGUUCACAUCAUGUGGAAUCAAACGGCUGCUCACGAAGAUGGAAGGCUUCCAGUACGAGGUCAUUGACAAGCAGAUCGAGCGGUUCCGCGAGAAUGAAGGUAUUGACUACGAGGAUCUCUUGCAGCGCGAGGGCAGCAGUAUGAAGGAUAGUAUCGAGGGUGAAGUCAAGGAUAUGAGUGAUCCUUUGCAAAUCGUCGAUGCUAUCUCCUCCAAAAUCAAUGGCAGUCGCUCUCAUGACUAUUUCCUCUCGGCUAUGCAGCACAUGCUGCUUAUUCGGGAGAACUCUGGGGAGGAAGGGCUGCGCAUGUUCCAGCUUGUCGAUGCUAUGUUGAGUUAUGUGGCAAUGGAUCGGCGGCUGCCAGAUCUUGAUCUUCGACAAGGAUUGACUUUCACCGUGCAGAGCUUGUUGGAUCGACUACACACCGAUGCUGAGGCGAGACGGGUGUACGAUGAGUCUUUGGAAGCUCGCCAGAUCGCCGAGGCGGCCAUCUCCGAGCGUGAUGAGAUGCGUGCACAGAUUGAGCUUGGUGCCGAUGGUCUGGUUCUGAAAUUGCAGAAACAAAUCAACGAACAAGCUGGCAUCAUCGACCUGCAGCAACGACAGACAGAAUCCUACAAGGCAGAGGUUGCCGAGGUGCAACGCUUGCGCGCCCAGGAACUGCAGCGCAAUGAAUUGGAAACCAGAGAAUUGUACUUGAUGCUUCGUGAUGCUCAGGAUAUCGCCGCUUCAAAUGCCCGCAAGGCUGCUCACCCCGAAACAGUGGAGGCUGAUCCCUCCCAGAUGCCUGGUAUCAUGGAUCGUGAGCGUUUGAUGGAGCGCCUAGAGCGUCAGCUCGAGCGUACGAAGACACAGUUCAAGCUGGAGGGCAAGGUGUGGGGUCAACAUGGGCCUUCAGAUCGACUACGUGAAUUGCGUGAAGAGAUGGAUGGAGAAGGCGGCCAUGACGACUUUGAGUCUGCCCACAGGCAUUUGGAUCCUGGCUCCUUGGGCUCCGUUUACCGGAAGCGCAGCCAUAUCCCCGAGAUGGAUGAUGAUAUCUUGGAAGACGAUGAAAUGACGCCUGUGGAUAGCAACGGUGGACCGAUGUACGAGAAGCCUCGCAUUGUGGAAAUGCAUCGUCCGAGAUUAAACGCCACGCAAGCUUCGGGUCUGCUCGGUGAAAUCGCUUCCAAGGUUCCAAAGUUCGAUGCCGAGGACCCUAAUGCCGACGCCCACGGUGUUGCUGCCCAGGGCCAAAUGGCUAUUCCACCACCCCCUCCUCCUCCAGGGGGUGUGGCUGCUCUACCACCGCCUCCGCCACCUGGUGGUAUAGCUCUUCCUCCACCCCCACCUCCACCCCCAGGAGGUGCUGUUGCUCUCCCUCCUCCGCCGCCUCCGGGAGGAAAGGUCGGGCUAUCACCACCUCCACCCCCCGGUGGAAAGAUUGGUUUACCUCCUCCGCCGCCGCCUGGUGGUGCAGGUUUACCACCACCUCCUCCCCCGGGAGGUGCCAAGGGAGUCCCUGGGCUACCGCCUCCUCCGCCUCCCCCAGGUGGAAAAGUUGGGAUACCCCCUCCCCCUCCCCCUCCAGGUGGUGCCGGCAUGGGGCUUCCGCCUCCCCCUCCUCCCCCCGGCGGCAAAGGAAUGUUGCCUCCCCCUCCUCCUCCACCCAAUGCCCCCCUGGGUGCAGGCUGGCGACCUGCCUACAUGGUUGGAGAGAUUGCGCCCGCUACAAUUGGCUUGCCUUCUAUCCGACCUAAGAAGAAGCUUAAGGCUCUUCACUGGGACAAGGUUGAUACACCUCAAGUGACAGUCUGGGCUGCCCACGCUCCGACAGCAGAGCAGAAAGAAGAGAAGUACACCGAUCUUGCCAAGAAGGGUGUUUUGGACGAAGUUGAACGACUCUUCAUGGCCAAAGAGACCAAGAUCUUCGGAGCCAGCACUGCCGCGAAGCAGCGUUCGGCGAAGAAGCAGAUCAUUUCAAACGAUCUUUCUAAGAACUUCCAGAUCGCGCUGUCUAAAUUCUCUCAAUACCCCGCUGAAGAGGUUACUCGCAUGAUCAUCCACUGUGACAAAGAAAUCCUUGAUAACAUGGUAGUCAUGGAUUUCCUCCAAAGAGAUGAGAUGUGCAAUAUACCCGAAAACGUCGCCAAAUUGAUGGCUCCCUAUAGUAUGGAUUGGACCGGGCCCGGUGCCUCGACUUCCGAUCGUGAACAAGACCCGACUGAGAUCACUCGCGAGGAUCAGAUCUAUCUUUACACUGCCUUUGAGCUCAACCACUACUGGAAAGCAAGAAACAGGGCGCUUGCCCUCACUCGCUCUUACGAACCGGAGUAUGAGCACAUAUCUUCCAAACUGCAGGAGGUAGCCAGGGUCAGCGAGUCCCUGCGUGACUCCGUAUCACUGAUGAACGUGCUGGGUCUUAUCCUUGAUAUCGGUAACUUCAUGAACGAUGCCAACAAGCAGGCUCAGGGCUUCAAGCUCAGCUCUCUUGCCCGUCUGGGUAUGGUUAAGGACGACAAGAACGAGACCACUUUUGCCGAUCUGGUCGAGCGUAUCGUCCGAAAUCAGUACCCUGAGUGGGAAGGCUUCCUUGACGAGAUCAGUGGAGUCAUCGGCUUGCAAAAGGUUAAUGUCGACCAGCUUCGCUCCGACGCCACCAAGUAUAUCAGCAACAUCAAGAACGUCCAGGCAAGUCUUGAUGCCGGAAACCUCAGUGAUCCCAAGAGGUUCCACCCUCAGGACCGGGUCAGCCAAGUCGUACAGCGAUCAAUGAAGGACGCCAGGAGAAAGGCCGAGCAGCUGCAACUAUACCUCGAUCAGAUGGUGAAGGCAUACGACGACAUCAUGGUCUUCUACGGUGAGGACAAUGUGGAUGAGAAUGCCCGCCGAGACUUCUUCGCCAAGCUCAGUUCCUUCCUCGUCGAAUGGAAGAAGUCCCGCGAGAAGAACACCGCGCUUGAAGAAUCUCGUAAGCGUACGGAAGCCUCCUUGGCCCGCAAACGCAUCAACGCCAACCUGGCCAACAACACGUCCACCCCCGACAGCAGUCUCUCUCCCGCCUCUAGCGGAGCCAUGGACUCCCUGCUUGAGAAGCUCCGCGCCGCGGCACCUCAAGCCAAGGACCAACGUGACCGUCGCCGUCGCGCUCGCCUGAAGGAACGUCACAACGUCCGCGUUGCCUCUGGCUCCAAACCCCCCGAAGAUGAGGAGGAAGAGAAGCCCGAGGAAGACGCAAAUGGUCUUCUGAGUCCCCCCGGGGCCGAAGAAGAAGAAGAGAAGCCCGAAGCCCAAGUCUCCGAGGGCGAAGACGUUGCCGAUCGUGCCGCCAGCAUGCUCCUCGGAUUACGCAGUAACUCCGACGCCGGCGGCGAGCGACAACGCCGAAGACGCGAAAGCGCCGACGAAGAACGUCGCAAUCGUCGGAUGAGGCGUCGCAACCCCACAGGCAGCAAAGACAGCGCUGACGGCGGUCUCCCCCCGGUUCAAGAGCCGGCUUCGCCGUCCCACUCCGUGGAUGAACAACUCCCCAGUCCACCGGGUGAACAGAGUCCGCCCUCUAUCGUUGUCUCUGGGCAAGAUGGACAUAAUUCGGAUUAA